AUGGAUCAGCUCAAUGGCGGUGAGGUACUACGGCGUCGGCGCCACAACUUCGUGCUGGUGCACGGGCUGUGCCACGGCGCGUGGUCCUGGUACAAGGCAGUCACGGCGCUGCGGCGGGCGGGGCACCGCGUCACGGCGGUCGACAUGGCCGCCAGCGGCGCGCACCCGGCGCGCGUCGACGAGGUGCGCACGUUCGAGGAGUACUCGCGCCCGCUGCUCGACGCGCUCGCCGCGGCGCCGCCGCCGGCGCCCGGGGACGAGGAGCGCGUCGUGCUCGUCGGACACAGCCAGGGUGGGUUCACCGCCGCGCUCGCGGCGGAGCGCUUCCCCGAGAGGCUCGCCGCCGUCGUGUUCCUCACCGCGUCCAUGCCGCCCGUCGGCCGCCCCAUGGCCGCCAUCAACGAGGAGUACCUGAGCUUUGUUGGGGCAGAUUUCUUCCUGGACUCGAUGGAGCUGGAGCAAACCAACCCAGACAUCCCCGGAAAUCCUGUAAUUUUCGGGCCUAAUUUUAUGGCAGAGAAGCUUUAUCAGUUAAGCCCACCAGAGGACUUAACCUUGGCACUGUCGCUGAUCCGGCCGGCGAACCGGUUCACCGGCGACGACCUUAUGAGGGACGCCGACCUCCUGACGAAGGAGAGAUACGGGUCGGCGAGGCGCGUCUUCGUCGUCGUGGAGGACGACCGCGGCAUCCCCGCCGAGUUCCAGCGCCGCAUGGUCGCGCAGAGCCCCGGCGUCGAGGUGGUGGACCUCGCCGGCGCCGACCACAUGGCCAUGAUCUCCUCGCCGGCGAAGCUCGCCGAGGUGCUCGUCAGGAUCGCCGACAAAGCACCGCAACCGUGACUCAGCCUGAGAGCGGACUAAGCACGGCAUGAAUCACCGAUCACGCAAAUGUGCCUGAAUUAGAGUACAAGAGCCAAACAGAUAUUCACAAGAAAGAAACGAAUAAAAAACCUUGUAGUGUUUGAAGUAUGUAAUGCAUUUAAUUGG